UAAUAAUUCUAUGUCUAAGCGAAUUCCCACUAUAACUAGUAAUUUGAUUUGGGUUGAAAUUGGAUUUUAUUACUUCUCAAGCAGUUACUACUAUAAAUAUAUAUCCAAUGUUCACAUCCUCCUUCACUUUCAAGUACUGUUUUGUCACCUUUAUUUCAUAUUAUAAGUUUCCUUACAAGUUGAUUCUUAUAUCUCCAUGUCUAGCUUUGUUACCAAUUCAACCAUGAAGAAAUCUCAUUCAUUCAAGCUUUUGUUCCUUGUGUUUUUCCUCGCUCUAAACAUCAAACAAUCCCAGCAACAGCUUCCUAAUGAUGAGGGUGAUGUUAUUCCAAAGCAUUACCACCAAAUCAAUCUCACCCAUGUUACAGGACCCGAAAGCAUCGCUUUUGAUUGCAAAGGAGAAGGGCCAUAUGUUGGUGUAUCUGAUGGUAGAAUACUCAAAUGGCAAAGACAAAGUCUUGGUUGGAAAGAGUUUGCCAUACCUUCACCAAUAAGGAAGAGGAAGCUGUGCGAUGGUUCAGCAAAUCCCAGCCUCGAACCAAUAUGUGGAAGGCCAUUGGGUCUGAAAUUCAGCAAAGAAACAUGUGAUCUCUACAUUGCAGAUGCUUACUUCGGUCUCCUAGUGGUCGGACCCAAUGGUGGCGUGGCUCAAACACUUGCUACUUCAGCCGAAGGAAUCCCAUUUAGAUUUACAAAUGGUUUAGACAUUGAUACCAAUACCGGAGUUGUCUAUUUUACAGACAGUAGCCUUAUCUUUCAAAGGAGGUUCGCUGAUUUUUUAAUAAGAUCAACCAAUGAUAGAAGUGGAAGAUUGCUUAAGUACGAUCUUUUCACUAGAAAAGUGUAUGUACUACACAAGGGACUCAUGUUUCCUAAUGGGAUUGCACUAAGCAAAAACGGUUCCUUCCUUCUACUGGCAGAAUCCAUUAAAAGGAGAAUUUUGAAGUUCAAGCUUGAUGCUGAUGCAAAUAGUUAUGUGCCAGAAGUGUUUGCCCAGCUACCCAGAGUUCCUGAUAAUAUAAAAAGGAAUGAAAAUGGAGAAUUUUGGGUAGCUCUUAACGCUGGAAGGUUAUGGAGCAUUCAAAAUGAUGCCCCUGAUCCUAUUGGGAUCAAAUAUGAUCAAGAAGGAAAUGUUAUGAAACAACUGGAUGGAUAUGGUGGAGUUACGUUGGACUCAAUUAGUGAAGUUAAUGAGUUUAAUGGAACAUUGUACAUUGGUUCAGUAACCAAGCCUUAUGUUGGCAUCUUAAAUGCCUAGAAUUUUCAAUUUAUAUAUUCC